AUGCCCAGAGGCCGCGAUGACUGCUGGCUCGAAGUCACCCGCAACCUCGAGGAGAACUCGGGCAAGCGCCACCCACGCGUCACCUGCAAACACUGCAUGACCGAGUGGACGUCCAACGAGAAGGCCCGAGUCAUCGAACAUCUCCAGCGCUGCAACGACCUGCCCGAACCACUAUGGCGAACGUAUCAGCCACAUCGUCUGGACCCGACGCUGCCCUCCGCCGCCGAGCUCCAGCAGCAGCAGCGAGCCCGCACGCGUGGUAUUGGGUCCAUGUCCGCAGCUGAGCAGGAUAUUGCUACGGCUGCUUGUGCGCAAUGGAUCAACGCGGCGAAGUUGGACCCGUCGGUCACUGAGCAUCCUGCUUUUCGGGCGUUUGUACGGGCUUUGAGACCGGCUUUCAAGGUCCCGUCGAGACAUCAUCUCACGCAUGCUCUGGUGGACGCUCCGUUGAUGUUCAUUGCGUAUCUGGCGGACCCGCAAGAACGACAUCGUCGACCGGCGAUUCUCGACAGCAAUGAGGAGACCCAGUCGCGCUCCCUCCAGGCUUUCCUUCUGAAGUACUGCGACGGCCACGCAGCCAAAGCUUCCACACUCCUCGGCAUGCUCUCCCUCCUCAGAGUGAAGCAAGGCCCCUUCAGCAAUAACAUGGUCUGGAUGGCCGCCGAGCAGAUGACCGCAAUCCAAUGGUGGCAGAACUUCUGGAUCCAAGAACAACCCGACCUCGCCGAGCUCUGCAUCAUCGCUCUAGCUAUCGCUCCAGCUGGAGAAAGCAUCGAGCGGAACUGGUCGCCACACAGCUUCGUCCACAUCUUGAAGCGGAAUCAGCUGGGCGCCGACGUUGUUAACAGGAUCGUCUGCACUUUCUGGAAUCUGCGGAUCAAGCAUGGCUGGGUCGACGAUUCUGUUGCUGGGGCGCCUGAAGUCAACGAUGCGGAUGCUGAGUUCGUACCGGAUAUGGAUGGGCUUAUGGGAAUGCAGGGAUAG